CACCGAUGAUGUUCGUUUGGGGGUCAAUUUGGGCCUUCGCAGAUGGCCUGUUAUAGUACUCAUCCCGGUUAGUGGCGACCACCAGCCUGUAGCCCCCUUUGCAAGGGCUGGGAUCGACGUGUACGAAUAGUAUGCACAUGUUAACCGUCCGAAGAUGUACGACCGUUAUUUUCUUUUGUUCGAGACAUUUGUAUUUAUAACCGGGCCCGUAAUCUCCUGUGAAAAUAGAUAAGAGCCGCUGAAUAAAAAUUUGAUGUAGAUUCACGUGGAAAGCGGGCUAGUCGGUUUUAGCGGCAUUUGUUGCUAACGUUGGGAGUUAUGAUUCGCGAAAGAGGAAAUAUGUAAGUAGGAAUUUGCGUGUUUACAGUCGUACUUACGGUUACUGGCAAACUAUUUUUAUAAUAAAAUCGGCCAGGCAAGGUCACUCGAGUUAACCUCUAGACUUGUGUGUCGCGUAGAGGCAGAGAAACCUGAACGCGGAAUCCUUGGGUCAGGUUUCGGAUUUACCUGAAUUGAACCAUGAACGAUUUUGGUAAACAAAGUUUGAUAUUUACAUAAAGUAUCCUAUUUGUUGAAAGAUUCAAGUACAAUCAGUCGCGAUAGAUGAAAUGGACGUGAAUUGUGGAUUUAUGAACAAUGGACAACCGGAAAAGUUGCAUAUACAAUUAUCGCAUUUUAAGCAAAAAUCGAACUGGGACUGCGGCAUAUCAUGCGUACUUAUGGUGUUGCCGAGGAAAAAGAGACAGGAAUUUUUGGAUAAUUUUACUCAGAUUUGCAGAAAUGAAGGUUUCAACAAAAGCACAUGGACUAUUGAUCUCUGUUAUAUAUUGAAGAAAUUCGAAGUGCCACAUAUUUUUUAUACAAUAACGUUAGGAAUUCACGAAGGCUAUAGAAGCAAUAGCUUUUACAACAGUAUUUUAAACAAGGAUGAAAAUCGAGUGUUGUGUAGAUUUAGAGAGGCCGAAAGUAGAGGAAUAAUCGUCAUUAAAAAAUCCGUCUCAAUAGUUGAUAUCAUAGCUCAUUUAUCGAACGGUCCUGUGAUAGUGUUGACAAACGCAAAAGUACUGACCUGUGAUACCUGCAAGUUUAAUAAAAUCUCCACCGAAUUAAGGAAAUGCAUCCCUUGGCCCGAGCCUUACCAAGGACACUACAUUGUCCUUUGCGGAUACGACGUACAUUCUAGGAAAAUAUUCUACAGGAAUCCUUCAUUUGCGGAUCACGUAUGCAUCAUGUCAAUGGACAUAUUCGAUCUAUCCCGGAAAAGUUACGGAACUGACGAGGAUCUUAUUUUUAUUUACAAAUAAUUACUUAACGAUAACUAAAUGUACUUAUAGUUUGUGAUAAUUUUAGGUUCGAAUUUACUGCCUAAAAUCGCAUCAAAAAUCAAUUCCCACAUUUCUAUCAUGACAAUUUUGAAGACCACAGUUUUUCUACGUUUCUAAUCAACUCCGAAUCAUUUCCAAUUAUGUAUAUCUUUUAUAAAAAAAUACAUUUUAUUAGCUUAACUUUAAAACAACGUUAAUCGCUCGGGAAUCCCCAAACUUUCAAACUACCGGCGUCCCUUUUCCUAUCGUAACUGUCCUUAUCGUCGCACGCGUACGCCAAAAGAUAUAACGAGGGAUGCCAGGAUACAGUGAAUGUAGCAGCUUCCACCGAUAUAUCCGCUAUUUUAUCCCCAGUUUCCACAAAACCGAUGUCUAUGAUCAAAUCCUCGGAGGCAGAAGCGAGCAAUUGUCCAUCGUAACUAA